AUGUCGAUUGACCAAACAACCUCGAUUCUUCCUGCGCCGCCCCUCCCCUCUGUGCAGGCGCUGCAGGCAGACCGUCCUGUCUCUGCGCUCCCGGCGCUGCGCGAGGCGAAGGCGCAGCAGGAGGCAGAGCGGGAGGUGCUGGAGAGAAACGUGGCAGAGAAGCGAAAAGCCCUCGACGCUGUGGAAAAGAAGAAGUCCCUGCUCCUCGCGGAAGUCGCGCGGCUAAAGCGCAAACUAGAGGCACAAGCUGAGGCAGAAAAUUUCGACCUGGCGAGUGAAGAUCUGAACGAAGAGCAAAGGCGAAUCGAGGCGGAGGAGGAGGAGCUGGAAAAAGUUAAAGAGAGGCUCUGGGGAGUGCAGGAGGACUUGCGUCUUCACGAGGCGAUGAAACGCACGACGCGCGACAGAGAAGGACACGGCCCAGAAGAUAACGAACGGACGGCCGCCGACGCUUCUCGCGCCGAGAAGGCGGUUGCGUUGCGGAAGGAAACGGCGGAGAAGCGAGAAGAGCUGCGCAAGUUCGAAGCCUCGAUCCUCAGGAAACAACAGUGGCUCUCGCACCUCUCUUUGGAGAUUGAGAAAGUUCUGGACAGGACGUCUCUUCGCUUUCGACCGUCUCCAACACACGCCUUGCCUUCGCCUUGCUCUACGGCCCCUCCGCAUUCAGCUGGAGUCUCCGCUCUUUCUUCCCCAUCCACCUUUCUGGCACGAGAGCCGGAAAUGCUGUCUUCGUGUCUCCCUGCGCGCAAAGACGCACGCGGCGCGGCUCAUCGCCGGCCGCGGGACACCGCGGGAGACCUGGAAAAACGAGCCUUGCGUGCGCUUGCAGAAACGGCGGGAGAGAAGACAGCCGAAAGCGAGAGCAGAAGAAAACGGGAAGGCGAGACUCCAAGUUCCUUCAUAGGGCGGCAGCUGGGAGAAGAAGACGAGUUGUUUGAACUCGAAGCGGAAGUGACGGCAUGCUGCCAAGACCUCCCCGUUCUCGAGGAGCUUCUGCAGGAGCGCCUGGCUCGGGCAUGCCUUCUCGCAGGACAAGCGGAGCCGCCUUUUGCGCGCUCGCCUCUCGCCUUGUCUCCUCGGUCCUCCCCGCGAGCCGCUUCGACUGGAACCUUGGCGGGUGCUGUGGACCCGAAGGAAGGACAACUGGAAAUCGAAAAAGAAGAGGACCGAGGACGAGAAGCAGAGGAGCACAGAGCGAAGGAAGCUGUCACGACGCAACAGGGGACGCCUGCGAUGCCGCACACGCGAGCCGACCCGGUGUGUCUACAGGUCAACGCGGCGCUGUCCGGGUGUAUGUACACCCCGGAAGUGCUGCCUGAAAAGCAGACAAAACAGCGAACGGGACGCUCGCCGUUAUCCAUGGCUUCUCCGCGUCCCCUUUCUCGCACGUCUUCUCUCGGAGGAGACCCGAGGGAAAAAACAGAUGGUUUCCGGGAAGAAGACCUCACCACGACGGAGGCGCCCUCAGGUGCCUGUACACCCCCUCUCCUGAACCACGCGUCGGUGACUCGCGGGUCCACUUUCAAAGCUGAGGCGACAGCGUCCCUUGCAAAUCUUCCUUCUCGGGGGGCCGCGGAAUGCGCAUCUGCUCCAGCGAGUUCGACACCACCCGCUGCGUCUGGAGUGUACGUACAGCGCAAGUUUCCCGCGAACCAGCCGGUGUCUUCGCCUGUUCGUCGCUCGCGCCUCUGCUUCUCUCGCCGCUCCGACUCGUCGAAAGAGUCCCCGUCUUCUGCGUCGCCCAAGUCGCAAGUCGAGACUCUUCCGAUAAGCCGAAAUUCCUCGAGUGCGGCGUGGACGUCGCGUUCCGAGCGGCGCAGCCCCGCGAGGUCGCGUUCUCUCUCGGAGACGCUUUCAGAGGACGGCAGGGAGGGCCGAGGCGACGCAGCGCAGGCCGCGAAGGGAGAAAAACUUGAACGCGCGCUGGAUGCAGGCGAGGCGGCGCGAAGUGGAGAGGAGAACAGGUUUUCCUUCGAGGCAGAAGCCCGCCUGAAGACAGCCUGCACACAAAGGCGAGAACCGCGAAGAACUGAAGCAGCUGAGGACCAGCCCUGGAACGCGCUGCUUGCCUGGGCUUCUUCAUGGACCGGAGAAGCCGGUCUGCGCAGCCCCCGAGAGAGAAAAGCUGAGGGGAGGACUCCCUCUGUAUCUUCUUCUCAACGCGGACAUCGCCGUGCGCUUCCACCGCUUCGCUCCUGUUCGUCUUCCAGUUCGUCUUCAUUGUCUCCGACUCCUUCAGCUUGUUUUUCGCCUUCUGGCUCUUCUUUCAGCUCUGCAUCGUCUUUCGGUCCAGAGAGGGUGGCGAGAGGCGACGGCACGAGAACUGUGCUGAGAGAGAAACGCGAGAACGUCGAGGCUGACGGGGCUCUUGACGCGCCGGCUGAGACGAUGUGGGAGACGCUCGGUCCUGCGACUGCCAAGAGAGACGAGAACGUGGUCAAGAACCUUGGUAAGCUCCUGGCACUUUUGGAAGCGCUUCCCGACGUCGACCUUCGCGCACCGAAGGCAAGCAGCGAGAAAGCCGUCGCCCAAAAGAACGCGCGGGCGAGGAGAGAUGGCCCAGGGGAGCGCGGACAAAGACGACAGGCGACGAAGGAGACAGGAACGAAAACGUGGAACCGUCGCGGCGCUCAAGAAAAGAGACGCGGAUCCUGCGAUGUUCCGGAUAGCCGCAACUCUUCGCGGUGUCCCUCCACCUCGCCUCUCCCCUCGCCGUUGCCUUCUUCCUCUUGCUCCUCUGCUGUCUGUACCGAGGUAGUUACCGGUACAGCUCUUUUACCGGAGGCGAGAAGGGAAACUCAGAGCGGAAGACGAGGUCGGUUCGCUCCGGAGUGCGUGGCUUUCCAGGCGAGCAGCUUCGCGAGGGUGUCCGAAAAAGGCGAGGAAAGGCGCGAAGGUCAAAGCGACGGCGGAGCCCGGGCGCAAGAAGCAAACACCAGCGCGGGAGACCGCCUGAGAGCCGUUGCAGGGGAAGAAAGGCCAGGAGGGGGGGGAGCCCUACACAGAGAAGAGGAGGAAGACGCGCCUAAAGAAGGAAACACUCCCAGAGGAGAAGACGCACCUAAACAAGAGGAAAAAGGCGCACGUAAACCAGAGGAAGAAGAAGCACGUAAACAAGAGGAAGAAGACGCACGUAAACAAGAGGAAGAAGACGCACGUAAACAAGAGGAAGAAGACGCUGCCAGAGAAAAAGCUGACAGGGCAGAAGAGGGGUCAAGUGUGCGGGAGGAAGAAAUAGGGGCAGAGAGAGGAGAGGGAGAAAGAGUGGAAGAAGACGGAUCUGGAGAGAGUCCGCGAGGAACAGCGACAGAAGAGGAAGCCGAAAGAUCCAGAGAAGAGGAAGGGCCAAGGAAGGACUCCGGAGCCUCCAGUCUCUUCUCGCGUGCAUCUGGGGCGCACUGCGAACCUGAGAACGGAGGGCGAGGCAUGGGAGCGCAGCACGUGCUCGAGGAGACGCUCGAGGCAACUGGGACACUCCAGAGCGACUGUGGAUCGGACGGAGAACAAACGGGAGAGGACAAGCUUGAGAACGGCAUGCGUUCGGCGGGAGGUUUCGCGGAUGGCCGAGGUGGGGACGCUCUGAACGGAAACGGGAGUAAAGAGGCGGCGGAGGAGACAAGAGAAGGGCGGUUCCUGGCAGAAGGCGCGCCGAUCCUUCAGGGAGGGGAGGACGAGCGAGAGCAGGCACUGGCCACGUUGCACGAGAGAGGCGGCAGAGAAAGCGCCGGCGAGGAGGCAGAGAAAGCGGCAAGACACAAAGAGAAGGAGCAUGCGGAGACGGGCGAAGACGGCCGACGGGGUGAGGCGACGUGUGGCGCUGAAGCGAGUCCGUGGACGAGAGGAGAGAGAGAAGAAACAAACGCGAAGACAGAAAGAGAAGAAGAGGAGGCAGAGGGAGAGGAAAACAGAGCAGUUGUGGAAGAGGGCGAAGAGGCGGCCUUUAUCGCGACUGAGGCAGGCGAGCGUUUUGAGCAGGACGGAGCCCAGGACGCGGUGGCGGGUCAGGAUGACAGAGGCGAAGAGGAAGAGAAGAGGACGAGAAAGUUAAGGCGAGAAGAGGCCGGAGAAGAAGCGAGGAGAGACAGUCGCUUCUGUGCGACACAACCGGAGAGAGAGGGCGAGCGAGAGGCGAGGCGAGAUCGGGCCAGCGAUGGAGAGGAAGAAGGAACGCAGAAGAGAGACAGAGAAGAGGAGAGGCGAGGGAGGAAAGAAGAAAAAGAACAAAAGGUGUCUGUUUCAGGCGGCCCCGUCAAGGAUCUGGUGGCGCCUGCAUUUUCGGAGACAAUCGCGAGAGCGGAGUCACCUGGAAAAGGUGAAGUCGAUGCUUCCUGCCUCUCUUUGGUAGGGUGUGAGGAGAUCAAAGACGCCUCUGCGGAGACACCGCCAAGAACGCCCCUCAGGACGCCCGUCGCCGGACGGCACGACAGCUCCGGCCGUCCGCAGUCUCCUUCCUGUUUGUCGUUUUCGUCUCUUUCUUCGAGACGUGGGAGCGAUAAAGACACUGGAACCGCCAGCACCGACCUGUGGCUAUUUUAA